CGCGUGACCGCGGCGUAACGGCGCGCGUCCGGACCGUCGUCACAGCCACACGGAGGUAAUUUCCGCACAGACCGCGAACGUGCCAAACACGAACAAUGCGCGGCCCCCGCGUGCCCCGCGUCGCUCGGCUCGCCGUCGCAGGGAACUGUUUCGCCAACAAGUGCGCGCCCAACGCGGUGCCAACGGCGGCGCGUUCGGGCGACACGCGCCCAAAUUGUCGCGGUCGAAACGGCCGGUAUUUCGGGCGAGAUUUCGGUCUUUCGAAACGGGAUCCUUGAAGACUCUCUCGGGCCGCGGCGGGCACCUCUGCACGCGGCGUUCCGUGUUUCGCGUUUAUUGACGACACUGUCCGACCCGGUGCGGACGCGGAACGUCCGUCGCGCGCUUUUAUUUUCGUUUUGUCGCCGCCCGACGCCGCGCAGUGAUUAAUUGCCGACGGCGGCGGCGGCGGCGGCGUUUCGAGUGUAGAACACCAACCGACGGUAAUAAUUUAUUACGGUAGCUUACACUUUCAACGCGUGUUCGUCCGAGGAGAUUGAUAAUUACUAUCCGCGAUACUAAUUAUAUUAAAAUAUUAACAAUAAUCGGACUCGCGAUCGCGUGCCGUCUGUACUUAUGCACGUUUUAUGUGCACGUUAAUAUUGCAUUUUUCAAUCGUUAAUCCGAAAUCGUUCGCAAUUCAAAUCCGUACAAUAGCGUUACAAUAUAAUCAUCAUUAUUGUUAUCACCGUAAUCUUUUAUACGGCCGCCGUGAAUAACAAUAAUUAUUCCGCGGCCGUUUCACAAUACAUUGACUACGCGUCCUGUUGUACGGUACGUUGUUGUUGUUUUCCUCAGCUGCAGACACGUUUUCUUAUACCGACGGCAAUAAUUUCGAUAAUUCGUUUUCGUGUUAUUUCGCACAGACUCUUAAUUUAUAUUUAUUUUUUUUUUUUCUGUGUGUGACCUCGUGAACAUAGUUUUUCGUUGAGAUUUUUUUUUUUUUUUUUAUACUCGCCAUUCGUCGCUUAUACGUAUGCAUAAUAUUUAUAGGAUGACGCGACUGCAAUGUUACAACGUACUAUGUCUGUGAUCGUACGUUUGGAUUUCACAGCGGAGUCCGAACCGUUAUAGAACACCGCGAAAAUAAUAUUUUAUGAUAUUGUAUCGAACAAAUUAUGGACAACCCGAGAUUUGUGCACGAAAACGGCGAACGUGAUCAGCCGCAGCGAAACAAUCGACAAUUAAACCGCGACACGAGAAACAAUGACGUCACACGUGAGUGUUCAUCUGCCGCUACUCGCUGUAUAAUAUUAUGAUAUCGUCACGAUGAUUAUCGUUAGAAUAGAACGACGCGUUAUUAAUAUCGAGACGGAACAAUUCAUAAAUUCGGUGAUUAAUUACCCGGACGUUUCACCGUGCGGUAUACCGAGCGAUCAAGAAUCACCGGACAAGACGCCCGUUGUACCGAAAAGCUUCAUGAAUUUUCGAAAUUUGAUUUUUCGGGACGUUUAAGAAACAAGGAAAUUACCGUGAUUUUUUUUCCCGUCCAAUUUCAGUGGGAGGGGGUAGGGAAACCGUUACUGUUCGUUGUUGGUUUUCAAAUAGCGACCCGCAGACAUUGAAAAUACCGUAUAAAGACGGGGUGUUUGUUACGUUUCGAUAAUGGAACUUUUGAUUUCCGUCAACCCGAUGACGAGGUAUUUCACUUUUGAGUUCGGUAGUAGAUGGAGCGUCAUUUUGUGUGGUUUGUGCGACGUUUGAAUAGUGCACUCAAUUAUUACUCUCCCCAUACUCGAUUUUAAAAGUGGAAUAUACCGUCAACGGAUUAACGGAAAUUAAGCAUUUCAACACUGACGCGUGUUUAAACGUAUACUCCGUCUAGUUAUAGAAUUUUUAAUAUGCCGUUUUAAGAUCAAAAGCAGGUAGAUAUGCAGUAGUCGUUUUAUCACCAAAAAUCACGGUGACGAAAAGCAAUAAAAACGUGACGUUCUAAAGCUGCUUGUUUCUUAAAUUUUCUGAAAAAAGUAAAUACUUUCCGAGAUAAUGAGCGUUUGUCGAGGAUCAAUCACUCUGUAGUGCAAUAGACUAUAAUAUUACCGGGCGUCUUUUUAAAAAAUUGUUUCUAUUGCACGGACCAAAUUUAAAACAAAAACAUAUUUUACCGCCGAUAGUGAGGUGAGGAAACGAUGAGGAAAUACGGACACGUGACAUUGGGGAAUAUAUUAUUAUCGUAUAAAGUGGGAUGACAAACAAAUAUAUUAUGUAUAAUAAUAUAAUACGACAGAUAUACGAUAAUAGUAUUGUCAUUGUAAUUAUCUAUGGCCCGAUCUGCACUAUAUAAUAUCAAAGUUUGGUUUCUCCCCCCGUUAAUUUCGAAAAGUCAAUUUUCUUUUUUCUUUACCCGAUCCCAUUUCAACGCAGAAUCGAUAUUGAUAAUUGUUAAUUACUAAUAUACGCGUGAUCAAUACUAAGUAGGGACGAAUGUAGGAAAUUAUUUCGCAGAGGGUUACAAAAAAGAUAUGUCACAAUUGACCUUCGUAUUGGUAUAAAUCAAUCUAUUAUUCAAAAUUUAAAUAACAAAUUAAUGAUCAGUUUAUAUUUCGGAGAGGGUUUGAACCCUCAAACUCUCCCUACCCUAUACAAAUUAUAGUCACUGGCGCAUAUAACAGUUAUUAGUUCUUUGAGACCGUCAAAAUUCAUAGUACCAUACUCUAUUUCUUUAUGUGUCUAAACGUAUACGUUACAUUGGAAUACGUAUAUUAAAUAAAAAUCGCAAUUAUAUGGAGUUAUUAAUACAGACAUUUUUCGAAUUUCAGUGACGGUCAACGACGCGGAAUCGACGAAAUUCGGUCCUAACCGGACGUCCACGGCAUUCGAACGGUGCGUUAAAGGCGCCCACGUGACAGGCUUACCUAAAUGGGCUAAAAGAAAACUGUUCAUACUACAAUGGAUUCCCUCGUACUCGGGACAAGACUAUAUAGGCGAUCUCAUGGCCGGUCUGACGAUCGGCUUAACCGUGAUACCUCAAUCUAUGGCUUUGGCCAGCAUAGCCGGUGUGCCAGCGCAGGUACGCUGCAACAUAAUAUAAUUAAUACGUAUAUCAUGAGUAAACUAAGAGUAAUUUUGUAAACUUGUGUAAGGAAGUACGGGGAAAGAACACGUUAUGAAAUGAUGAUUAAAUGCAAUUGAGAGUGAUACGAUUAGGACUGCUGAACUGGCGAGAUCGGCUCCAGAGUGUAGAGACUUGAUUGAAGAGGGCCAAGUGUAUACAAUAUUCGAUAGUAUAUAGAAUAGUUUUUGUGUGAUUUUUAACAGUAUAGAAUUUUUUAGAAAAAUGCGAGCCUUGGGGAGAAGGAGCACGACUCUAGGGGCCCCUGUAUGCUGGAUCGACGUUAGAGACCAUCGUGAUGGCUGGUGGAAUUUAUAGGAUCAAUACGACCGAGCCUAAUAAAUAGUUGUAAAAAGAGGCGCAUGAAAAGAUAUUAUUAUAUAUACAUUCUAUUGAAUUCUUUAAAUUUAAGUAUAUCGUAUUUCCAAUUAAGUUUCGUUAUUUCUUUUUUUUUUGGAAAUCAAGUACGGUCUAUACAGCUCCUUUGUUGGCACGUUCAUAUACUUACUUUUUGGCACUAGUAAAGUGGUGCCGAUGGGGCCGACCGCCAUCGUGGCUCUUUUGGUGAACAACUCAAUCGGAAACCGAGGACCGGUGUACGCGACUCUCCUGUGUUUCCUGACCGGCGUUAUUCAGACACUAAUGAGCUUUGCCGGCCUGGGAAUCAUCGUAAACUUCAUAUCGGUGCCCGUGUGCUCGGGAUUCACAUCAGCCGCGGCAAUUCUGGUCAUCGUGUCACAGGUAAAAGACCUAUUCGGCGUCAAAGGAGGCGGCGGAAAUUUGCUUAUGAUGAGCAGAGCCGUUUUGGAUAACAUCGGCCAAAUCGGCGUCGGAGACACAAUCAUGGGAUUCACGUGCAUAGCGGUCGUGAUGGGUUUGAAAGUAGGCCACUGAAAUUGAUAUAGUUAAAUACGAUUUUGUCCACCUGUUUUUCAACAGAAAAAUAAUAUAACACAUAAGUUAUUGGACACCGCCGCAUUUAAUUUCGCUCUAACACUUUUCUUCGCUGUGGACUUUAGAUCCAUUGGAAAUUUCAUUUGAUAAUUAUAUUCAAAAUCAAUAAAACUUUUUCUCGUGCGAUAACUGUGCAUAUAUAUUAUACUCUAAGCUUAUAUUUUAUAUAGGUUCUUUUAAUCUUUAUUAUGAGGAUUAAUGCAUUCGUUACCGUAAAUUAAAUAAUAUUUUAAUUACUGAAGCAAAUAUUUAUUUAUAUUAUUAUGACGUAUUCAAAGCACGCGAGCGACAUCUUUAUACGUCUAAGGCAAUUAUGUACUAUAUAACACUGUUUCUAAAGAUUUAGAUUUUAUUGAGUAAACGUGAAUAUCAUAAUAAUUUGUACUAUUCUAUCUAUUUGUUUACCUAGUUAUUAUACGAAUGUCGUCAAUGAAAUUCUGUGGUAAAAAAAAAAAAAAAAAAAUAUUAAUCAUAAAUACGAAAACAUUAUCGAUAAACUAUUUUUUUUUCUACAACGAUAGUUGAAAAAUACAGAUAUUGAAAGAUUAGGUUAAGUUAAAUUUUCAACUCUACAUUAUUACGUACAAACCAAAACUUAAGAAAUUGUAUCUCUUUACCUUUGUCAAUUUAAAAGUUGCCCCCCCCCCUUAGAACUGAGAUAUAUUCAUCACUGCUCAAUGACCAUACAAUCUUAAUAGACAACCGUCUUAUUCUAAUCUCCUGGUAAAUAUAUAAAAUGUUCGAUGUUUUCCUAGUAUAUUGAUACGAAAAGCACAAGGUAUUUUAAAAAGUGAACUUCAUAAACUCUAUUUUUCAAUAAUAUUUAUAAAGUUUUUUUUUUUAAUAUUAUUAUUAUUUUAGAUGUUUGGCAAUACACGCGUUGGCCCUAAAGAAUAUGAAUUACAGACUCAAUGGCACAAGAAUAUUAACAAAAUCAUUUGGGCUAUCGGCGCGUUCAGAAACUCAUUCGUAGUGAUUUCUUGUAGUAUUAUCUGCUAUUGGUGUGUAAAUCAAUCAAAUCACGAUAUCGCGUCUGACAGGCCACCGCCGAUCCCGUUUAAAGUCAUCGGUAUGCAUAAAAUAAUUAAAGAUAAUAAUCAGUGUCGUAUAAAGAUACAUUUAAUAAUAUCUAGAUAAAGAUGCGAGAUAAUCGUUAGAAUAUUUUUUUAAAUAAAAACAGCGGAUAUAUAUGAAUAGAUAUCUAUCUAAAUGCAGAUAAAAAUUAGAAACGCUAGUUAUAAAACUUCUCAUUCACACUCAGUAGUCCUGGAUUAAGACAUAUGGCGCCCAUAGGCUGUGAACAAAUAAGUGCCUUUUUUCAUAUCAUAAGAUAGGUACUAUUUAUUAGUUUUCAGUGCCGACUAUACACUCACGAAAUUUUGCAAAGUUUUGCUCUCAUAAAUGUGUAAAUACGAAAUAAAUAGUUAAUUAUCCUUUUUUGCUCAUUAACUGCAGUUUAUAAUGUUUUAGCCAUUUUCCUUGUUUACAUUUAAAUUUUUUAGAUACGUAUAUAUUAAAUUUAUAAAUGUAUACAGUGAGUGUAAAAAGUAUUCGUACACCCUACUUUUUUAAAUAAAUAUACAUUUUUCUUCAUGAUAUUUUAUUUUUAUCGAUAAAUUAAUACAUACAUAUUAUUUAUUGACGAUUUUUAAUUAUAUUAAAAAAAAAAAAAAAACCAUGACAAAUGUUAUAUUAAUAAUAAUAUUCAAUAACAAACAAAACAAUACAUAUAAAAUAGGAACAAUAAAUAUUCGUACACUUCUAUUUUAGUUACAGAAUCACCUGUUUACUCNUAAUAAUGUUAUUAGAAAACGAUAAGAUAUACAAAAUGUCACAUUAAAAGUUUGUUCCCGACCACGUUACAAGAUUAUACCAAUUCAGUUAGCUUCGAAAUAUUAUUGGAAUAUCAUCUAUUACAAAAUGAGUCGAAAAAAAUGCGAGACAAAUAAAACUGAACGUGAACUAAUUCUGCGGUUGCAUAAUCAAUGCCAAUCAUUACGUCAAAUAUCAAAAGUUGUCAACAGAGCUCAUAACACUGUGAAAGACGUGAUAGAUUGAUACAGUGAGCGGAAAAGUCACGAAAAUAAGCAACGAUCUGGUCGUCCAAAAAAACUUUCUGACCAUGAUAAAUGUAUAGUUUAACGAAAAGUAAAAUUGAAUCCAAAAAUAAGCGCUCCUAAAAUAGCACAAGAUCUUGCGAAUUUUUCAGGAGUACGUGUUUGUGUAACUACAAUUAGAAAUUGUUUAAAAAAUAGUGAUUACCAUGGACGAGUAGNCUGCGGUUGCAUAAUCAAUGCCAAUCAUUACGUCAAAUAUUAAAGAUUGUCAACAGAGCUCAUAGUACUGUGAAAGACGUGAUAGAUCGAUACAGUGAGCGGGAAAGUCACGAAAAUAAGCAACGAUCUGAUCGUCCAAAAAAACUUUCUGACCAUGAUAAACAUAUAGUUUAACGAAAAGUCAAAUUGAAUCAAAAAAUAAGCGCUCCUAAAAUAACACAAGAUCUUGCGAAUUUUUUUGGAGUACGUGUUUGUAUAAGAACAAUUAGAAAUUGCUUAACAAAUAGUGAUUACUAUGGACGAGUAGCUCGUCGAAAAUAUUUGUAAAUAAAAAAAUAGACAAAAGAGAUUUGCUUUUGCAAGAGAUAACUUUCAUCAAUCUGAUAACUUUUGUAACAAAGUUAUAUUUACAGACGAAAGUAAAUUUAAUAUUUUUAGCUCUGAUGGAAGACGUUUUGUUUGGAGAAAAGCGAAUACAGAAAUGGAACCAAAGAAUUUACAGCCUACAGUGAAAUACGGAGGAGGUUCUGUAAUGAUUUGGGGAUGUAUGAGUGCUCAGGGUGUUGGAAAUUUGCACUUUAUUGAUGGAAUUAUGAACCAAUAUAUUUAUUUAAAUAUUUUGAAGACAAAUAUUGCAGCUAGUGCCGAAAAAUGGGCAUCAAAGAUGAUUUCAUAUUUAUACAGGACAAUGAUCCCAAGCAUACUGCAAAACAAGUUAAGGCUUGAUUGUCGAACAAUGUAACUGAAUAUCUUGUGACGCCACCACAGUCUCCAGACAUUAAUCCUAAUGAGAAUUUGUGGGACAGAAAAAUUCGAGAUCACAAUAUUUCAAUUAAGGAAACUCUAAAAAAAGCUCUAGAAGAAGAAUGGAAUAGCAGAAACAACACGUCAUCUGGUUGAUUCAAUGUCUAAGAGGUUGGAGGCUAUAAUAAGGUCCAAAGGCUACCCUAAAAAGUACUAAAUAGGGCUAUACAAUAAUUUAAAGGCAUGUUUUUUGAUACAACUCUUUAUUAUUAUNAUUAUUAUUUUUUUUUUUUUUUACUAUUAUAUAUUUAUUGUUUUGUUUGUUAUUGAAUAUUAUUAUUAAUAUAACUGUUGUCAUGGUUUUUUUUUUAAAAUUUAAUUAAAAAUCGUAAAAGAAUAAUAUGCAUGUAUUAUUCAUCGAGAAAAAUAAAAUAUCAUGAAGAAAAAUGAAUAUUUAUUUAAAAAUGUAGGGUGUACGAAUACUUUUUACACUUACUGUAUACAUAAAAACAUAUUUUAGCAACAAUAUCUUUUUUUUAGUUUUAAGUAGAUACUGAUACUGACAGUUUAUUCAUUUUAAAUAAUUUUGCCUAGCUUUUUGUUGAGCAAAUUUGUUUAUUGUUUCUCUAAAACAUUACUUUAAAAUCAGUUAAGAUUCAAUAGUAAAAAGUGAAAGGGCCUUUAAUCUAUCUUUUUUCAUAGAUGAUCUCAUAAAACAUUUUACUUUUUUCAGGACUGAAAAUUCCCUGUAGUUUAAACAGAGGGUAAACCUGUUUUACCUAAACACCAUAUUAUGUCAACAAUUUGAACAUAACUUAAGCAUAAUAUUUGAUUUUAUAUUUCCAUGAAAAAAAAAUUUUCACCGUCAGCCCUCCUUCUCCCCCCUUGAUUUAGGCUCUAGCCUACACGGCUCACGUCUUAAUCCGGGCUUGACACCCAGUCUUCACAUUUUUCUCAAUCUGUUGCUCUUUCUUUCCAAUUUAACACAACGCCAAGUGAUUCCACAUCCUUUUUUAUGAAACCUUUCCAUCUUGUUUUCGAUUUUCUCAGCAGUCUUUUUCCGCGCUGAUUUUGUUCCACAACUAGCUGUUCUUGUUUGUUCGCUUGGACUCUUUUAAAAAUGUCCCGAUCAUUGAAGUCUUCGCUUUCUCAUUACAUUACAUUAUUCCGUUAUAUUUGUACUCUAAAAUAAAAGUCUCUAUCUCUAAAUUUUGCAUCCAUUUCAAUUUUCAACAGGUAUUAUUCUUUAUUGGCUCGAAGAAUUUUCUUUUUAAUAAGUACCAAAAACUUUAUCUCGUCUAAUUUUCUUAGUGGCCACGUUUCCGCUCCGUGCAGGAUAUUGUUUUUUUAUUACGCAGUACUAUAUUAACACGCAGAGCUGUAUGUGAGAAACGUUACAAACAAUAGGUUUAUAUCAUUCUUUAAACGAUUACGGGGAAAACAAUAAAAACCGUAUAAUUAAACCAGCCAGUGAAUGAAUAAAAUUUAACAAUACUUUAAUGCGAUUAUCGUAUUCGAAAGUAAAUAGACAAUAAAUUAUGAACAUGACACGUUAUCGCCAUAAUAACUAGAACACAAUAUUGUUAUCUCGAUUGUUAAGGUGCGUUUAUUGAGUUUUAUUUGUACAAAUACCGAACUUGAUAAUAAUCAAUACUAUAUACCUAUUAAUAUUUGCCACGAGACGAAAAACACGCACGCAAAACGUGAAGAUUUUAUAAAAUACACAAAAUAUUCGCACACUUACUAAGUGAUAUGGCAAACCCAACAUUUUUGAGAAAAAAAUAUUUUGGUGAACCAUUAACCUCACCGUAACAGUUGACCGGAAAGAUCAUAAACGCAAAUAAAAUAAAAUUUGAAGUUUAUCCCCUUAUUGAAUCUAUAUACCUAUGUAUCUCAUCUUGUAAAAUUGUUCUAUUCUAUAUAAUAGACUAAUAUAUUAUGGAUUACAAUUAAAUUAGAUUAAGAUCUCAUGGACCCUCACACGAGUAUGUUCAAUGGGGCCCAUUAUCUUUUUAAAAGAAUGAAAAUAAAUAAAAAUAAGAAAAAUAUGUUAAAUGUUCACGUCCUACUGUUUCAGUUAAAAAUAAUAAUCUCAGCAUGGAUUGUUUUAGUUUGAUAUUUUAUUUUUAUAAAACAAAUAUUAAUUUGAUUAGUCAUAUAAAUAUAAUAACAAUAAUAAUAAUAACAAUAUAUAAUUUAUAUAUUAAAAGUUGAAUUUUUCAAGGCAAAAUACCAAACGGAUUGCCGCAAUUUGAUUGGCCAAAGUUCAAUGACAAAGAUGAUAAUUUUUUGGAUAUGAUUGUCUUUAUGGGAACCGGCAUCAUUGUGACACCACUUAUAUCGAUACUCGAAAAUAUCUCUCUCUGCAGAACGUUUGGUAAGUUUAUCUUUAUUUUAAUACCAUAAAAUAUGUCGGUAAAAAGCAAAUGGAAAUAAUAUAAUAUGUACCGGUGUAAGAGAGAAAAUCCUUUGAUGACGGGUUUAUCAAAAAUAUUUUAAUUUAAAGACUGAUAUUUCUGAUGGGUGAUUAGGAGGGAAAUUGAAAAGGUGGAUAUAUUUUAAUUUAAGUAUCUGUACGCAGCCAUAACGAAAAACAGUUCUGAGCAGAUUAUUAUUAUUCGUAUUUUUUCUCUUGUUAUGAAAGUAAUUCAAAUUUCAACCAAAAAUUACUAGUUUUUCUCAUUUAUUAAGAAAACUAAACGGAAAAUCUCCGAAAAAUUGUCCAAAAAUGUUUCUAUACAAUUUUUGAUUGGUGUAAAAUUUCUGGUAGAUUAAUUGUUUAUGGACACAUAACAAACACUCCAUCGUAAAACUAAUAUAUUCCUUACUUCGCUUACUACUUCCCUACUACUACUUAAAUUUUAACAAUUACACCUGUACAUCCAUUUCAAAAAAUUAUCGAGCAAAACAAUGGAUUUUAAAAAUUAGUUCACACUAUUUAGAUAUUUGUAUUAACGACCACAACAAUAUUGACCGUAAGUAAUUUACAAUAUUAUAAUAUAUAAUAUACCUUUAUAUUAUUCUUGUAAAAAUGGUAUAAAUUAAGAACUAAUGAACGCGUAACAAAACUGCGCUGACAAUCGUAUAUAUUAGAGUACCUGCAGUUACAAUUAUUGUUGUUAACGUUAUGUUUUAAUAAAGACAGCAGUAUAGGUCACUUAAUUCCUAUACAUCAUUGUGUUAUUUAAAAAAAAACGAAAUUAUUAACGUGAAACAUUAUUAAAUUUCGGCAAAACGAAUUAUAAGUUUGAGUGAAUAUUUUAAACAAACCAUUCGAGGACUUUUAAACAACCAGCCCCCUUCUCCCCAUUUUCCAGGCUAGUAAUUUUGGAGAACUGAAUUUUUUUAAGAGUGUUAAGGUUACCAAAAUGAAUCAGUAUUCAAAAUUGUGUAUGUCUUUGUGGAGUAUAGUUUCAAAAUAUUUUCAACCGAACUUCGCUCAGAAUCGUUUUUCGUUUAAUUUAUCGUUGCAUACAGAUAUAAACUAAAUUACUUUGUAUAUCCUACCUUUCCAACUCAACCAUUGACAGUAUCGGCUCUUUUUAUCUAUUUUUGUUUUUUUCUAUUAUUUGUGGUUUUAAUUUUUGAUUUUGAACAACUUUACAUUUUGUGUUGCAUUUUAAAUAUUUUUUAACCCAGAUUUGGUUUUUUAAUUUCAGCGGAGGGCAAGCCGGUGGACACGAACCAAGAGCUGUUGGCGAUCGGUUUAGCGAACGUUGGCACGUCGCUCUUCCAUGGUUUUGCCGGGUCCGGAGCGAUCGCACGCGGCGCGCUGAAUUAUUCAAGCGGAGUCCGAACACCCCUCGGGGGCCUGUACACGGGUAGGUGCUGACAUUUUAACCGCGGUAUAUUAUGGCGUGACCAUAAAGUAUACCGCUACAGUUCAUAUUUAUAAUAUGUAUCGUACAAACGACAUUAAAAUUAUUAUAAUUGUCUCCGUGCGGAAUUCUAAUGCGGAAUUUUAAGUUUAGGACUUACCGUUAUGAUCGCAUUGUUGUUUUUAACGCCGUAUUUCUAUUACAUCCCCAAGACGUCGCUGGCCGCCGUCAUAAUCAGCGCCUCGUUUAUGAUGGUCGACUACAAAAUGUGCGAAUACAUUUACAAAUCGAAAAGUACGUGGAACUACCGCGACAGUGGACUUCUCCGUUGAGAAGUUUUAUACUUAUUUUAUGCCACGGCAAAAUAUAGUAAACAUUUUUUCUUAGUUUCAGUUCGUCAUUUGCCUAUAAUAAUAAUAUAAUAGUUCAAGGUGGUUAACGAAAUUCAAGCAAUAUCACAAUCACAAUUUAAAUUUAUUUUCGUUAUAGUAUUUUAUAUUUUUUUUUUUUUUUUUAUUAAAUGUAGGAUUAAUUGUUAUAAAAGGGCGGCCAAAUCACAAAAAUACACAUCUAAAUUAAAAAUAUUGGCAUUAAAAUAGAAAAUUUGAAAAUAACGGAAACGUAAAAUUUUAGAGCCGCUUGUUUCUUAAAUUGUCAAAAAGUAACAAGAAUAGAACAGUUUCGUAAAAAAAGUAAACACUUUCUGAGAUAUAACAACGGAUAUAUCUUCGUAGGACGUCCGGUACACAAAAUUGUAUUUUGCAUCUUUUAAAAUAAGCAAAUGGUGAAUUUGUAUUAUGUUAUAUCAAAACGUUUAACUAUUGCCUACGACAUAAUAUUAACGAAAAAUAACGAUUCAUGUUCAAUGCGUAUGUACACAGAAAGAGACUUGAUACUCAUAUCGAUCACGUUUAUCGCGUGUCUGUUGUUACCUCUGGAAUACGGUGUGCUGAUCGGUAUCGUCUCCAACGUCGGGUUCAUAUUGCACAGUUCGGCGAAACCCAAAAUAUCCGUCCAAGUGCACAAGGUUCGAAAAUACACUUGUUUUCGUUUGCGAGGUUAGGUUAAGACGUAUUUAUUCCCCGAUUUUCUUUUUCCUUCAAGAACCGCGACGGAAUCGAUUACCUGUUGCUGACCCCGGACAGAUAUUUGAUAUUCCCGUCAAUAGAAUACGUGCGGCACACGAUCACCAAGCACGGAUUCGCUCUCGGAAUCCCGGUCGUAAUCGACGGUUCUAAGAUAUUCGAGGCGGACUACACGACGGCUAACGUACCUAUAAUAUACAUAUUAUAUAAAUUAAAAUAACAAAAAAAAAAAGAACUAAUUAAAAAGCCACGUCACAGUGGCAUUUCUUGUCUCUGACAAAACGCCAGACAAAUAUUAUUAACAAAUGAUAAAUAAUAAAUGUGUUCAAGUAAAACUAAACGGAAAGACCUUUAAAAUCGGUUUCGACUUUUCAAUGUUAAAACACUUAUCGUAUACGAUCUUUUGACGGUGAAAAUUUGGAAACAACCUCGUCGCGCGUUCUCAUGGAAUUUUACAAUAUUUUCUAAACAUCCAAUUGACUAGGUACAACAAAUUAUAUUUAAAUGUUUUUUCUUUUUUUUUUUUCUUAUGGACUUUAAAUUUUAAAAUAAUUUAUGUAUCUAAAAACACCAAUAUCAAUAAAAUCUUCAAAAUGUACACACCGACAUUUUUUAUCCCUAUAUUAAGGGUAAUUUAGUUUGUUUUACGUGAACACAAUUCCGAUAAAUUUCUUCCAUCCAAAAAGACAGUAAAUUCGACUGCGAGACAAUAUUAAGAUUUUAUUACUUUUUUCCAUUCGUGUUUCAGGCAUUCGGCAUGAUGUCAGAAGACUUUACCAGAAAAGGUCAAUUCCUUUAUUUGUACAAUCUAAAGCCCAGCGUGCGAAACGUGUUUAAGGGAAUAAAAAAUUGUAAUAUUUUUUUGUGCGCUAAUAAAGACGAGUUAGAUGAUCAACUAAAAAAACAUUUGUGAGUUAUUUAUAUUAUUAUUACCGACGAAAAGUAUAAUAUUUUUUUUACGAUUUAUCUAUGUAACGAAAACACGAUAUUAAUUAUAUCGGAAUAUGAUGGUUUAUUUUUUUUUGUUUUUUCAGCGACCCAUUACAAAAUCAAGCUCAAUAUCACAACGAAAUAAUUUGGACGACAAAUAUGUGAUUUUUUUUUAUAAAAAGUCGAAUGAUCUUUAAAAAGAAAAAAAACUCUAUACACCUAUUAAUAAUAACUAAUAAAUAUUAUAUGUUAGAACCACAGGGUAUUGUGCAGUAUACGGACGGACGAUUACAUGGUUUAGAUAUAAUAUGUUCCAUAUGUAUAUUUAUACUUACCAUAUAAUAUUAAUAUUAGCAAUCAAGACUUAUAAGUAGAACAGAUAUUUAUGUUAUUACAGAUAUGCAAUAUAAAUAAUUAAAAAUGGCAUUAAAAUAUGCUCCGAAAAAUAAAAAAUGCACAUAAUUCUAAAAUAUCCAAAGUAAAAUUUGAUAUACGAUUUUAUAUACGAGGUAGGUAUAUUAUAUAGAAUCGUGAAACACAUAUUGCUAAAAACUAGUUAUUUUUUUUACCAAUCAGUAAAAAUAUAUAAAUGCAUAUAAAUAUUUGCCUUACUUAUAACUUAUAAGCAUUACCUGCUUUGUGAAGUCUAUAGUAUUCUAUAAAAUAUAUGGCCAUGAUUACUGAUUAUUAUAUUAUUUUCCAUUCGAUAAUUAUUUAUAAUAAUUUUAAUAUAAUAGUAUUAAUAUGAAUGCAAUCGAAUUUUAUAAUAUUAAGUAACUACAUUCAAUUUGUAUAAUAAUAUCUUCUUCUUCUUCUUCUUCUCCCCUCAUCUCAACUAUUUAGGGUCGUCCACCCUUAUCCUAAACUCACAUUUGACCCUAUCUCCCAUCUCACAUUCACCGACUGUCCUCAUAUCUUUCUCAAUCGCAAUCCAACCACCAUUUUUUCCGUCUCCCUCUCCGACAUCUUUUCUCCUACCUACAUUUAUUUGCAUAACCAUUCUUACUGCUUCUGAUUCUUUUUUUCUUAUGGCAUGCCUAAAUCCAUCUCUGUCUAUAUUCUCUCAUUUUGUCUACUAUCGAAUCCACGCCUAAACUACCUAUAAUGUAUUCAUUCCUUACCCUAUGUUCUCUUGUCACUCCACUCAUCCAAUUAAGCAUGUUUAUCUCUGUUACACUCAUUCUAUGUUCUAUUUUUCUAUCUACCGCCCCAAACACCGAACCAUACAAUAUAGUCGGUAGCAAUUUGUAAAAUAUAUUUUUUAAAUUAUCGUUACAUUACUGCAGGUACACCUAGGUAAAUAAUGUAGACAAUUUAUAUAUACAUAUAUAUAUAUAUUUAAUGUAAAAAGAUUUGUUAAAAAAAAAAAUGUGUAUUUUUAAGAAAAAAAACCAAAUAUAUACAAUUUUUACUUUAGAAAAAAAUUUAAUUUAAAACUCUUUUAUUAGGUACUCAAAUUAUUUUGUCGAAUACUCUUCCCGAAAAUAAAAACUAUUAUACUGUAUUGUGUCUGAGACAUAUGUUAUAUAUCUUUUUCCCGAUACUUUUAAUUAAUUUUAUAGACUUUUUCUAGAACAAAUGAUUUCGAGAACUAAAGUUGUUAUUGUAAUCGAAUUGAAGUUAUUAAAGUUGGAUAGAAUUUCAAUACGAAUUUAACAUUUCACCAUGUUUUAGCGGAUGGGGUGUGAUUUUUCGCUUUGUACCC